AUUCGUGGAUUCUAGGUUCAAAUGUAAUAUCCAAAAAUUUCAAGGGUAAAAUAAUUACAAGACCUACCCCAGUGAUCUGUCCUAUCCUAUCCUCUUUUCUUCCACAACCCGUUACCCACGUCCCACCACCCGCUAUAAAUACCCACUUCUAUCCCAUUACCCUUCAAAAACCUCAAACACACACUCACAAAACAAAACAAACAACAACAAUCCCCCAAUUCUUUCAUUUCAUUCAUUUUUUCUUACCCUAAAAAAUCACCAUGCGUUCUUACACUAUCUUCUUCCUCUUGGGUCUCCUCGUCCCUCUCGUGGUCUCAACCGGAAGGCAUACCACCGGUGCCCUCACCGGCGCCUGGAGCCCUAUAGAGGACCUUAAAGACCCUCACGUGAAAGAGAUUGCAGAGUACGCUGUGUCGGAGUACAACAAGCAAUCGAAGUCAGAUCUGAAAUUGAGCAGCGUGGUCAAAGGCGAGUCUCAGGUCGUCGCUGGCACCAAUUACAAGCUUGUUCUUGCGGUCAAGAAUGGACCUGCGAAAAAGUACGAAGCCAUCGUUUGGGAAAAACCAUGGCAACAUUUCAGAAAUUUGACCUCGUUUAAGGCGGUUUAAUUUUAUAAUUAUCGCUAAUGUGUGAAAUUUUGUGUUAUUUUCUCUUAUACCAGCUUUAUAUAUGUAUCUAUAUAUAUGGCGUGUGUAAUACCUUUUGAUAAUAAAAAUUUAGUUUUGAUUUCUUGA